CCCUUGGCAACCAGGGAACGAAGGAAGAGAAGGAGCUCCCUCUGGUGCUGAUGAAAACGAGACUGAUACAGACAAAAAGGGGAGACUACUCCACAGGAAGAAUUUCUGAAAAUCAUGGGGCAAUCUGUUGCUGCCUUCCGUGCACCUUUUGGGAUUGAUGUUGAUCACAAUGGACAUCCCCAGGGUGUGAACUCCCAGGCUGGUCAACAGUUCUUCAGCAACCUCAUGGCCCAGAUGUUUGGUCAGUGCCCUUGGCAACCAGGGAACGAAGGAAGAGAAGGAGCUCCCUCUGGUGAUGAUGAAGAAAACGAGACUGAUACAGACAACAAAGGGGAGACUACUCCACAGGAGGAAUUUCUGAAAAACACGGGUCAAUCUGUUGCUGCCUUCCUUGCACCUUUUGGUAAGGAGUUAAUUUCAUGACUGAGUUCUUCAUCUGAGUCACUUU